GAGGAUCGCAGUGCGCGCGGCCGCGGCGGCUGGUGUGGGGUUGAGUCAGUUGUGAGACCCGGAGCUGCGGACCGGCGGGCGGCCCUCCGAGCCGGCGACACAGCUGUGGGCGUCGGGUUCGGGAGCCGAGCGCUGGCCCCGCGUCGACCCGGGCCGAGCCGCGCCGCCGCCCCCCGCCCGCAGCCACCGACCGGCCGCCGCGGGCGCGCCCCCGCUCUCCGCUGUCUCUCCGAUGGCGUCCGCCUCCGGGGCCAUGGCGAAGCACGAGCAGAUCCUGGUCCUCGACCCGCCCACAGACCUCAAAUUCAAAGGCCCCUUCACAGAUGUAGUCACUACAAAUCUUAAGUUGCGAAAUCCGUCGGAUAGAAAAGUAUGUUUCAAAGUGAAGACGACAGCGCCUCGUCGGUACUGUGUGAGGCCCAACAGUGGAAUUAUUGACCCGGGGUUGACUGUGACUGUUUCAGUAAUGCUGCAGCCUUUUGACUAUGAUCCCAACGAAAAGAGUAAACACAAGUUUAUGGUACAGACCAUUUUUGCUCCACCAAACAUUACAGAUAUGGAAGCUGUGUGGAAAGAAGCAAAACCUGAUGAAUUAAUGGAUUCUAAAUUGAGAUGUGUGUUUGAAAUGCCCAAUGAAAAUGAUAAAUUGGGUACCGCCCCGCCGGGGACUGCUCUGGCUGCCACUCCACUGAGCACCACCACCAGCACAGUCGCAGCACCUGCCAGUUAUAGCACGAAGAGUGAGCCCAGGGGACUCAGUGUGUUCAAACAGGAGAAGCAGAAGAACGACAUGGAGCCCAGCAAAGCUGCGCCCCUGAACGCCGCCAAGCAGGAUGGGCCGGUGCCAAAGCCGCACAGUGUUUCCCUCAGCGAUGCGGACACCAGGAAGCUGGUGGAGGAGUGCAAGCGGCUCCAGGGAGAGAUGGUGAAGCUGUCGGAGGAGAACCGGCACCUGCGGGAUGAAGGCUUAAGGCUCAGAAAGGUAGCACAUUCGGAAAAACCUGGAUCCACCUCAGCCGCGUCCUUCAGAGAUAAUGUCACCAGCCCUCUUCCUUCACUCCUUGUUGUAAUUGCAGCCAUUUUCAUUGGAUUCUUUCUAGGAAAAUUCAUCUUGUAGAGUGAAGCAUGCAGAGUGCUAUUUCUUUUUUUUUCUCCCGACCAGAAAAAGAUUUGUUUACCUACCAUCUCACUGGUAGUGUGGCCCACGGUGACCAUUCUUUGUGUGUACAGCGUCAUGUAGGCCUCGCCUUUAAAGGUCUCACGGUUAGAAAUCAGUAAGAGCAGAGUGUUCAGCGCCUGGACAGAGUGUACGUGGCCAGACCAUCACUAGCAGGUGUCAGUUGCACAUUCAGUCCUUUAUGAAAUUCAUAAAUAAAAAAUUGUUCUUUCUUUGUGGUUUUAAUAAGAGUUCAAGAAUUGUUCAGAGUCUUGUAAAUGUUAUUUUAAUAAUCCCUUUAAAUUUUAUCUGUUGCUGUUACCUCUUGAAAUAUGAUUUAUUUAGAUUGCUAAUCCCACUCAUUCAGGAAAUGCCAAGAGGUAUUCUGUGGGGAAAUGGUGCCUCUUACAGUGUAAAUUUUCUCCUUUACCUUUGCUAAUAUCAUGGCAGAAUUUUUCUUAUCCCUCGUGAGGCAGUUGUUGACUGAGUUUUUCACCCUUACAAUCCUGUCCCAUGGUAUUUAACAUAAAAAUAAUAAAACCGUUAACAGAUUCUUGCUCGAUA